AAUUAACUUCCAAAAGCUCCAAACUAUUUCUCUUGAUAAAAUAUGUGAGUUCAUUUAUAAACUGUUUUUGUGAGUGGAAAUAUUUUGAAACUAGCUAAUACUUCAGACACUAAAAAGAUGUAUAGCAGAAGCUUGACAAUGCACAUGAUGCCUAAAAAACACAGACCUAUUAUCUACAACUACAAGAUGAAAUAAAAAUUUUAAACACACAAUAGAAAGAAAAAAAACAGAUGGUGAACAAAAUAUGUUAUCAGUAUCUGUAUUAUUUGAUUGAAGAUUGCCUGCAGAUAUUGACCUCCAAAUCUUUCUCUGGGAAAAGGGCAUGUCUAGAAAAUUCUUUUGUUUUUCAUUUUUUCAUUUUCUCUUUCAGAAUAUAAGAUGGGUAAUAACCACUGGCUCUUGUGGUCUAGUGGUGGAAUGGGGUAAGCCAAGGGUAACGGUAGUCACAAAUUAUUCUUUAUUUUAUUUUUAAGUACGAAUAUUGUACUUCUGUGUAGCAUGUCUAGAUCAUUCCUGCUUUAUGAAGUGUUGCCCUUGUAUUGAGAACAGCAGUAGAAGUAUUCACCGAGAGAGAGAGAGAGAGAGAGAGAGAGAAAAGAAGUUGGAAUAAUUGCAAUUACAUUAGUUUCUUUGUUUUAUAUGGAAUUACAAGUUAACUUUGUUACACAUCAGAUAUCACUUGCUGCAGGACUAGGUAUAAUUGUUUAUGCAGGUUUAGCUAACUGGGAUGACUGGAAGGAAUUUUACCAGUACUUCAGAGAAAGCAAAUUUAUCCAUGUCACAUGCCUUGAUUUCACUCUGUUAUCUGCAUUUGCUCCAUUUUGGGUUUACAACGAUAUGACUGCCAGGAAAUGGUUUGACAAAGGCUCUUGGCUUCUUCCCCUAUCACUGGUGCCAUUCUUAGGUCCUGCUUUGUACCUUGUCCUAAGGCCGUCACUAUCAACAAUGCCCGUUACAGUCGGCCACACAACAUCCGAGCCUAAAUGAUGUUCAUAUUUCUUGCACUGAUGUCGUUUGUGUGGUGAUUUUAUCACUGUAUGCUGAAAGAAGAAUAGCCAGCCUAAGAUGGAUGAAAUAAACUUGAUAGGGAAAAGUUUUGAAAUGCCAUUAAUUGCUGUGUACUCGACUGUUCAGUCCCUGCUGCUAGAUGACGAGUUAUUUUCCCUAUGCAGACUGCUGGAUGUGCUUAUGAAAGGAGAAAGAAUGGUUGUCAGAAAUUAGUUCACCUCUUCAUGGUGAAAUUCACCUGAAAUUAUAGUUUCAACUCUUUUCCUAUGUAUUUUGCAUCAAGUAAUACAUGAUUGGUUUCAUGAGCAAGAUAAUUCCCUGUUACUUUGUUUUAGACAUUGUAACGUUAAUGUAGAAGAAGGCAUGCUCCAUAAUUAGAGGCUUCUAGGAUGUUACAACAUUUUGGUAGAUGUAUUAGAUUGAAUAAUUUUGGACUAAUUCUAUAACUUCAAUGAAGUUAACUAGAACAUUUUAUUUUA